CUUUCCUGGCUGUCAAUGUCAAACGAAUCGGUUUUUCAAUUUACAGAUAAAUAUCAUUUUUAUUACAAUUAGCCAUACAUUUCUCAUUGUUUAUUUUAAAAUAACUACACUGUAGUUAUAUACAUCUUUCCAUCGAGUGACACACCUCUAAUCAAAAUUCCUCCAGCUGCGGUAAACGAAGGGAAUUCUCUCCGAACUGCUAAUUGGUGGUCGGAGAUGUUGGCGGCGUGUGAGACGGGGGAAGUGUUCGCGUUGCUAGAGGCGCGCGACUCACUCGAGAACUUCGCCGCACUUUACAGCUCAGUGCGCGAACCCUGGCUCACGCGCGCAUUACUAUUGUACCACGCCCGGACAGGGUCGGCGCGCGCUCUGGAACUGCUGGCGCGGGCGCCCGAGCCUCACGCGCGGCAUCUGCUGGACGCUCUAUUGGAACAAGUGCGAGGGGAACGUGCCGCGAGGCUACACGCCUUGUCGGCGCUCGCCCCGCUCGUGGCCCGCCGCCCGCCCUGGCUGCGAUGUCUUCCCGCCCACCCGCUAGCUCGAGACCUACUGCGAGCCGCUCGUGACGAACGUGCACCGGUGCCCCUGCUGCAUGCGCUCCUCACUCUCGCCGCCCUGUUGCCCGCUGAACCCACAUUGGCGACCCCACACUGGCCCGAUUUGGCCCAGGCCCUACUGCGCCCAGCCGCUCUAGAUCCACCUCCGAAGCCACCCACUCGGGAUCAUCUUCAACUCGCCCAACUGGCUCUCUUCCACGCUCUCUACGCGACUCAUCCUUGUACACUGAUAGAGACUCUCCGUGCCGAGUGCACGUCUGUGAGCGCGCGGAACAUUUGGGAGAAGGGUCUGGCUCCUCUUCUACGGUCCGUUCGUCUUCAUCCUGCUCUAGUGACGGGGUCGCGGCAGCGGGAGGCCGACGCGGCUCGUUGGGCUCCACUAGAAAUCCAUGACGUGCUCGCUGAAAGUCGACGACUGUCUGUGCGAAUUCGGGACCGCCCGGAAGAUCGCACUACGCAUCCCACUCCGAUUCCCGCUGCCCCAGCCUACUCGUCUUCGAUGACAGGUGCGCCUGGUUCCGGAGCACAAGCAGCUCGCGCCGCCUCUGCGCUGCGGCCGGGAGCGGAGCCCUGGUUUGCACUCAGCGACCGUUGUGGCGCCGACUCGGCUCCGAAUACUCCUCUGCCCGCGGAUACUGACUCAGCGGAACCUCCAGAGGCGGCAGUAGAGGCGACACCAGAAAACACACCGGCUAAAGAAACUCGGGCUCAAUUUCGCUUUCCUACUGACUCCGCUGCGGUGCGGGCGAUCGGUCGACGUUCGCAGCCCCCGUCUCCUCUGAGGAAGGAAACCUCGCCACCCACAGGAACUACUAGUGCGUCGGGCGUCAGCGAAGCGUAUUCGGGUCGGUUAGCGCGUGUGGCCAUGGAGAGGCGUGCGGCGGAGUCUCCGGUGCCGUUUGGAGGACAUCCUCCACCAGUCGGAGCCGUGGCUCGCCCAGAACCGACUCGAUCGGCUCCCAUAGUAGACCCGGAACCUCUCAACGUAGAGGACCGCGAGGUUUUGGAGCUAACGGAACGAGCGCGCGUGGAAAGAUCAUGGUCUAGCGCAGAAGAACGGACUCCAGUAGCGAGGGACCCUCGCGCCACCCGUCCCGGCCAUGAUCCUACGCCCCGCACUGCACCCGCGCCGCCGCCGCGCCGUGCAGCCUCUUGUUCACCGCGCCCCCGUGCCGCUCGCACAAACACCGUCGCGGUACAAACCCUGGAUGUGUGGCCUGCGCCGUACGAAUUCCUGAUAGCGGACUUCCAUCGUAACCUUCCCGAUGAAGACCGGAAACAGUACAUCGGUAAGAAGAUUGAAGAGCUGGUGAUGCCGUGCGAGCGACUCGACAACUACCUAUCCGAGCUAUACUCGGGCCGGACCAUCGGCGAGGGAUCCGAGCUGAAGGAACAACUGGCGCUAGUACACGCUCAGCUCAUGUACGAGAGGUGGAGGAGGGAGGCGCACGCCGAGAGGAACAGGCGCCUGCUGGGGAGGUGUCGCCAGGCCAGGGCGCUCGAGCUACAGAACGCGGCGCUCAGGGAUCGGCUCCGGGCGGCGCAGCAGGAGAGAGACGAACUACUGGCGAGGCUGGCGAGACCCGCACCCUCCGUACACGCCGAGCCCGCCGCGGACAGGGAGCACCGCCUCGAACAGGCGCUCGCCGAGGAGAACGCCGCGCGGCUCCGGGCCGAGGCCGCGCUCAAGGAGGCCGAGGCCCAGCGAGCCAUCGACGCCGCGGAGUUGAGACGGACGCGAGGAGAGUCCUUCGAGGCCGCGCGACAUGUGGAAGCGCUGGCGCGAGCCGCUCUCACCGCGGAGAGGCGCGCGGAACACGUUCGGCGGCUCAGGAGGGAACUGCUCAUACUGGCCGAGAGGGAGGCCCGACUGACCGGGGAGAUGAGGGCGGCCGGCGGGGCCGGGGUCGCCGCGGAGAACGAGCGAGCGGCGGCCGAGGAGCGCGCGUUGCGGGCGGCACUCCUCCGCGCGGAGACCGAGGCGGAGAACGCCACGGCCCGAGCGGACGCCGCGGCCGCCAGGGCACACGAGCUGGAGGUCACGCUCGGCGCCAGGGACGCCGCCAUCGGGGAGUUGAAGCGAGCCGCCAGGGACGCAGCCGAGGAGCACGCGGCCAGGAUCAAGGCGCUGAGGGAGAGGUGCGCGGCGUUGGGCCGGGCAGUGCGGGCGGGGGAGGCGCGCCGUCUGGAGAGACUCGCGAGCGUGGAGCGAGGUGGAGCGCCGGGAGAGGGAGAGGGGCGCGGGGCUGACGGAGAGGGCGCGCGCGGUGGCCGGCCCGCGCUGGCCGAGUGCGGCCGCGUGAGGUGUCUGCUGGAGCACGAGGACGACGCCGAGCGCAGCUGAGCGGCCGCGGCCCGGUCUCCGCUAUGUGUCUGUGUAGUAGCCACGUCCGUUUUUUUUUUCCCGGACGAUUUUUUGAUUGGAGAGCCGAUCGUUUCGGCGUGUCAUGUGAAUCAUUUUGUUGUUCUGUAGUCUCGAGCGUCGCUUAGAUCGGAAGUACAGCCCCGACGCGUUUCAAGAUAUAUGAUAUUGUUUUAAUAUCGGGUUGCCGGUCGCGGCGGGCAGUCGUCGAUUCGUUUCUACAGUUUAUUUAUCCAUUAUACGGGAAAGGUUGAUGACUCACGUGGUCUAGCGCUAGAGCUCGUGUUUUUUGUGUAAUAGUCUGUAUGUACGCAUUUCAUAGUUUUAUUUUAUUACUUUGUCUGUCACAACGUACGCGCCGUUACAUGUUUCACCUCCAUCGUUCCGAGCUGUAGUGUAAAUUCAUACAAAGUACAAGAUGUUUAUUUCUACAGAUGCACAAAUAAUAAAAAUAAGUACGACUAUAAUAAGUAGUGUAAUGUUUAAACAUUAAUUGAUAGUAAGGGAAAUGGAAAUUUAAGAUUCGGCACAAUUUGCUGGUCCGCGAGGGGCGUGGCGUGUUAUUAAUAUAACAAGAUGGCGUCCCUCGUUCUGACAGUCGUUGUGGACACCUUAAAUUUCCUCGCAAAUAAGUAUAAGUGUUGCCAUUCUCGUCGACGCGGCCCUGCUGCUGUAUCGUCUCACCGCGUCUCCCGCGCGCGCCUCGGCUUUGACUCUUUGUGUAUUUACAGCAUCAAUGUAUUUAUCGACCUUUGGUUUGCGCGAUUCGGUUUUCGAUAUACUUUCUAGGCUAGUCUCGUUCACUUAUGAAAUGAUGUGUAUAGAAAAUGUACAGUGUUUAAAUGUAAAAGAUGACUAUUUAUAGUGUUUGAUGAGGACGAAUAAAGAAAAUACAACAAUUA